ACGGCAUUAGACUGAAAGAGAUCAGACUGGUGAACGAGAAAACGGUUCAUUCACACAGCCGCGUCUCUGCAGCAGCAUCAUCAUCAUCAUCAUGUUCUACUGCUGGGGCGAUUCAUCCAAAGGACAGCUGGUUAUUCCCAGCCCUGGAGGGAAGAGCAUCACUACACCGACUUCAGUAAACUUUAAUGAACAACUCGUUCAGAUCUCUUGUGGAGAACAGCACACUUUAUUCCUGACACUUAGUGGUCAGGUGCUUUCAUGUGGACGGAACUCUAAAGGACAGCUCGGACGAUCCAAGAGCAGAGACACCAAACUGCCAGUGAAGAUUGAAGGCUUGGGCUCUGUAGCUGCAAUAGCAUGUGGACAGGACCACAGUUUGGCUCUAUGUGAUUCGGGUCAAGUGUUUUCCUGGGGAGCGGGUGGUGACGGUCAGCUGGGCCUCAUCAGUCCAGUGGCAAAAUGUCUUAAACCUACGCCAGCUCAGAUACACUUACCAUUACAGAUCCCAGUGGUACAGGUGGCUUGUGGAAAUUUCCAUUCUUUGGCCCUAUCCAAGGGAGGUGAAGUCUUUUCAUGGGGUCAGAAUAAAUAUGGUCAGCUGGGACUGGGGAAAUCGGUGGAGCUGCAGCCUAACCCGGCUCUGAUACGAUCUCUUGUCGGAGUUCCAGUCAUUCAGAUCUCCGCUGGUGGAGCCCAUACCCUGGCAUUGACCCUCACAGCUCAAGUGUUCUGCUGUGGAGCUAACAGUGUAGGACAACUGGGCCUAAAUAGGACAGACGUAAAAGGCCGAUUUGCGGUAUGUGCAGUUCCAGCUUUGAAGAACUUGGGGGUUUCUUCCAUCAGCUGUGGAGCGGCUCACACUGCCAUCCUCACUAAGACUGGAGAGGUGUACACAUUCGGAGAGGGAACUCAUGGUCAACUUGGGCAUAACUCCACCAAUAAUGAACUUCUACCCAAGAAAGUUGACAGAGUUGAUGGACCUGCUAAACAAGUAACCUGUGGCAGCCACCACACUCUGGUUCUGAUGCCAUCUGGUAUCCUCUUCACGUUUGGCCGUGAUGUCCAAGCUCAGGCAAGUGGUGGCACUGAGAACAGCCUGCAGCCAGAAAGACUGGAAGGAGACUGGAUCAGCUCCGGAGCAGGGAUACAGACAGAAAUGCAGAUAUCAUCUGGCUACAGUUCCAACUUUCUUUUCUUUCCAUCUUCCAAGACCAAUAUUCUUGGUGAGCCAAUUGGAAAACUUCAAGAGGCCCAAGUGCAGAGAUGGGUUACAGUGCUGGAGUGUGAAAGAAGCAUCAAAGAAAUGAAAAAGGAGGUUUCCUUGACUUUUGCCACAAGUUCCAAUCUUGUCGCCUGCUUCAUUAAGGACAGGAGUACUCCAGGUACUCUUCAGGUUGACGUGAAUGCUGCUAGCCAGACUUUUGACCAACUCCUGAAGAUUCCCUGGAUCAAGAAUUCAGUGAACAUAACACAUAUGGUGGAUGUCCUUUUGUAUGCUGAUAAAUUUAUCAGGUGUCCUGAAGUCUUCCUGCUUCUGCCCACAUGCUCCAUUCUUCAUGAACAGCAAAAUGCCAUUGGACUGGUGCUGCCGUUAGCUGUAGUCAUCACAAACCUCAAUGAGAAUGCCAUGAAAACCUUGAAGGAAAACUGGUCCUCCAUGGAUGCCAACAUUAUGAUUAAGCACAUCCAGAUGUGGAAACAAGCACUCGCCUUCCUCCUGAUGUCCAAUGUGUGGAUGAAUUAUAACCCUGGUGUGAAAGCAGUGCUGGAAGUCCUCAAAUUACUCUACAAGGCAAACAAAAGGGCAGAGAAGUCAAGGAAGGUUCCUUUCAGCGAAUUCUACAUAGAAGAGAUCGGCACCACACCUCAGCUACUCGAAUGGGAUGUUAUGUUGUGGAGGGAUAUUAAGUGGGGAGCAGUUAAGGAAGUGGAGGAGACAUCUGCCAUUUUCUGCCGCUACCCAUUUCUCUUGGACCUGAUAACCAAAAUUGAGGUUUUCAAAUACAUUGCUCAUGCUACCCAGUUGGGUCAUCAGAUCAUCCACAAUAAUGUGGUAGCUGGUGGAGCCUUUAAAGAAAUGUGCAAAUGGGAGGUCCCGACACCGAUCCUCCAGCUGAAAGUGAGACGCACUGCCCUGCUUGAGGACACAUUCAGACAACUUGACCAUGCCGAUCAUGACAACUUCAAAAAAACUCUAGUGAUUAAGUUCGUAGAAGACGAGAAACUGACGGCUGUAAACAAACGGGAUUUUUUCCUCCAUGCCUUUAAUGAGCUCAUGGCUCCUAAAUCAGGGAUGUUCAUGUACAAUGACAGAGAAACAAUGAUCUGGUUUCCUGCCAAGCCAACACUUGAAUUAAAACAGUACUUCCUGUUUGGGAUCCUCUGUGGCCUAGCCCUCUACAACAACAACAUAGUGCAUAUGCCCUUUCCUCUGGCCUUGUUUAAGAAGCUGGUCGGUGUAAAGCCUACUCUGGGUGAUAUGGUUGAGUUCGCUCCUGUGAUCGGAAAGGGUUUGCACUGCAUUCUUCAUGAAUACCCUGAUGAUGUUGUUGACGACUUGAACAUCCCUUUCUGUGUGCACUGGGAUGGUGCUGAUGUGGAGCUUCAGCCCCACGAACAUGGGAAAGCGGUGACAAGUGAAAACAAGAAGGAGUUUGUGGACGCUUUUGUAGAUUACGCAAUGAACAAGUCAGUGGAGCGGGUGUUUAAUGAGUUUAAGAGAGGCUUCUUCAAAGUGUGUGAUGAAGAUGUGAUAAACUUCUUCCAGCCGGAGGAACUCAGAGGAGUGAUGGUGGGAACAGAGGAAUAUGACUGGGACACAUUCAGAGAGAAUACAAUAUAUGUUGGACAAUACCAUAAGAGACACCCUACUAUCAUUGCUUUCUGGGAGGUAUUUGAGGAGCUGACGCCUGAGCAAAAGAUAGCCUUUCUCCUGUUCCUGACAGGCUGUGACCGUGUACCCAUCGUUGGGAUGAAGCAGAUUACGAUGACCGUGUUGGACCGCCCUAACUUCACCCAGGACCACCUGCCGGAGUCCCUCACCUGCCAUUUUCAUUUUAUGCUCCCUCCUUAUGAGAGCAAGCAGCGUCUGGAGGCAAAGCUUAUUGAAGCGAUAAACCACAACCGAGGCUUCUGGAUAGAAGAUACAACAAAUGGAUGAAAUGAACUUUAGAUAUUUAGGUCAUGCAUGAUUCUAAAUCUUAUAUAUAACAGUUUUGCUUAUUAUAUUAUGUUAUAUAUAUUAGGUUGCUAACCAGUCCUGAUUAUCUAAGAUCUCAGAUAACUAGCAAUACUUUUCUUGUGCAUUAGGAUAAAUUGCAUGCAUAGUGUUGGCUAUGUUGUAGAUGUAUUACAAAGAAUAUUAGCAUCACUUACAAAUUAGAGAAAGGAAACACUAUUUAUGUUCUUGCAUGUAUAAUUUGUUCGUAUUAGCUGAUGUGAGUGCACACAGGAGUAAUUGCUUGUCCAAUAACACUGAGUAAUAACACCGAAUAAAGGUAAUGAGAAGUGUUGCUAAGGUGUUCAUAAUACAACAUAAAAUAAAAGUAUGUUCUGUUCUUGAGGUCAAUGUGAAUGUAAAUCUAUUCACACACUUUAGCACUUUAUUCAAACGCUUUUAGCAUGCGAGGUGUGAAUGUAUGGUGAACAUGUAAUAGGACAUGUGAUAGUCUUUAUAAAUAUAUCAUUAUAUUCUAAGGUAUAAUCUUGAUAAACCUAGUUGUUAUAAAAUCACAGAGAGCAGAAUAACUGUGCUGCCAGAGCCAGGCUUUCACAAACAUAAUACCUGUCCUUUUGUUGUACUACUUUGUGCAUUUAGCCAUCUUUAGGUGCAGAACAGAUUUUAUGUAUAAAUACUGUGAUGUACUUCACACUUUUAGAUAGAAAUUCUCCAUACUGCAGUUUUAAUGAAUGUAAAC